AUGAAUCUAACAGAGAACCUGAAGUGUAUUCUGUCCUGUGAACGAACACAAGCCUACAUCUGCGCAGCCGAGGCUGCCCUGGAGGUUUGCUGUGGGCGGCAUCGCCCGAGUACCGAGGGCCGGAGCCCGGCGGUGCUGGCGGCAGCGGGGCCGGUGCCGGGCCCGGCGGUGUCGCAGCGCGGUCGCCGCGGCUCCCGGCGGGAGGAAGCGGAAGCCGGAUGCCGGCGGGGCCACCCCGCGCCCCCGUGGCCGCGGCGCUGCCGUUCCGCUUUGGACUCCCGGCUGCGCUCGCCCCGUCCCGGGGACGCCGCGCGUUGCUUGCGCACCGCACAGACCGAUCCGCGCGUUGCGAACCCUGCGAACGGUGCGAGCCCCCCAAAGCGCCGCCGCCGCCGCCCCGCUGCCUCCAUGCCCAGCCCGCGCUCCCCUGCUCGGGUCCCGCUCGUGCCCGGCCGCCCCUCGCGCCCCCCACCCGCGGCACUCACUCGCUCGGGCGGGCGCUUCUCUCCUGCCGCGCUGCGCUGCGGGGCCGACGCUGCGGCGGGCGGCACGCAGGGUCUCCCGGUCUCGUCGCAGGCUGAGCGCGCCCCGCUGUGCCUUCACAAUCCCCCGAUGCCGCCCGGCCCGGCCUCCCCCUCGGCGUCCGCCGGGAGACGGGGCUCGGUGGGGCCCAGAGCGGGAACGCCGCGCCCGCCGCCGCCGUCCCGCGCCCGCCGCCGCCGUCCCGCGCCCGCCCGCACCGCGCGUGCGCCCGGCGGGGGCAGCGGGGCGGGGCCGGGGCUGCAGUACCGCCGGCGGCCGCGGGGGGCGCCCCAAAGGCCGCUGCCAGGGAAAGGCGGGCCCAAUGCAAGCCGCGGCUCACGUGACUUCCGGCGCGAGCCGCGGUGUGAGCGAAUUCUCCCGAACUCGUCGGGAAAAGCAAACCCCGAGCGUCCCCUGGCAGUGUCAGUCCGUCACUUGCCUUGCCCCACAAAAAUUCGGGCCUCCACACAGAAGCUGAUAAAAAAGCUUUCUCAUGGGUUUAUACAUUUUAAUCAAGUUAAUGUUCGCUGGUUCUGA